GGGAAACUGUGCUGUGUUGCGUAUAGUACAGUGCGACACUGCAAACUACGUUUACACAGUUCUUUGCAGCAACUUCGCGUCCCACUCCGUUCACUGCUGACCUUGAGGAGGCACCAACUGAGUCUAGGACUAGGUACUAGCAGAAUGCCCACCUUAGAAAGGGCUGCAAUAUGGCAUACCUUGCGCAACUGGGCAUCCUGACCGACGAACUCGUCGCAGCCGUUACCGCUAUCCCAGAGACACAACAAGAGAGGAGAGAGGCUUGUCGCGAAUUCGUGCUCCGCAGUGUGCGUCAACACAACUAUGCUAGCACCAAUCAUUUCGAAGUCCAAGCUCGCUUGGAUGGCUUCGAGGAGCGUUUCCAUGUUGUUGGCCGGGAAGCCCUCGCCCUCGCGCUGCGAAAGCGGCUGGACGCCCUAGAGCAGCACCGUAACCAGCAUAUGCCAGAAAUCCUACACUUGAUCCUCGAGCUUGCCGACAAGCCGGCGCAAAAGUCAGACCUUGGCAGUCUGGAUCUUCUGCUGCAGCCUGACGAGGAUGCUCCGCCAAAGCUGACAUGGCGGGAAAUUGCAAGAGAAGAUGGCUGGAAAGAGGAGAGGGACAUCUGGCGCUUCAUUGACUACUCCCAGGCCUCGAGCGAUGAGGGGGAGCCAGACGCAAAGUCAGAAGCAAAGUCAGAAGCGAAGACAGAGGCAACAAUUGAGUCACUCACUACUGCUACCUCGACUGAAGACGUCCCAUUACGAACCGUCCAAGAUUCAGCCUUCAAGCCGCAAGGCGACGAGUUGUUGAAGCAAAUAAGAGACUCACAGUCAUGGAGACAUGCGUCGGCAACGAGCGAGGAUGGAAAGCUGAGGAAGACUCCGAUUUCGACGACCCAACUCCUUCGCGAAUGUCUAUUCAUGCUGGCCGGGCUCGAAACGACCUUGUUUGACGCCGAAUGCUGCCCUGUCACGCGCUAUCAGCUUGCAGGUGUUUCCUGGGACGCAUACAAGGCACUCGUAACUUCAUUCUCUGAAUGUGGUCGGAAACUCGCCCCCCUGCGCGCCUUUGCCAGGACGAAGGAAGAGCUGCCCCUGCUCCAGGUAUUCCAAGACUCGCUGCAGAAAGCAUUGCGCUCCCUCGACCAGGAGUUGGUCACAUACCAAGGCCGGCUCGUCGCCAUAGAGGAAGAUGUGGUAGUUAGUCUGAUAGGAGUCCUAGUAGAACUAGGACCAACCUUGACACCACUGUAUGCUUUGUCAGACAUUGUGCGCCAGCUCCAAGAGGAGCGGAAUCCUCACGCCUUUCGGUACCUCGAGCUCCUAUACGACGCAGUCGGGAUAUCGCAGUUGCAAGGCCAACGCGCAACGUAUCGAUUGCUAGGAAGCAUCUUCCUUGAUUGUUUCCAGGUGUAUUUGAAGCCUAUCCGGCUCUGGAUGGAAGAAGGGCGACUCCUGCCCGGAGACCGAACCUUCUUUGUGUCCGAGUCGCCCACAAAGCUACCGUUGCCCCAGGUUUGGAAGAGCCAGUUCAACCUGUUGCGGACCACCGAGGGUCAACUCCAUGCCCCACGGUUCCUGAAGCCUGCAAUCGAUCGCAUCCUUGCGGCAGGGAAAAGUAUCGUUGUCCUCAACCACAUGAAGCAACGGGAGUCGACCAGGCAAUACCGAGCGGGUACCGAGCCCAAGAUGGACUUUGCUGCAGUUUGUCCGGAUGAGCUCGAGUUUGCGCCGUUCAGCGAGCUUUUCAGCGCUGCCUUUGACGCUUGGAUUCAGAGUAAGCAUCACACUGCGGCCGCAACGCUCCGGGAAUUGCUGUUCAGCACGUAUGGUCUGUCCCAAGCACUCGACGCUCUGGAGCAUAUCUACCUGAUGUCCGAUGGUGCAAGGUCAGAUGCUUUUGCAUCUUCCAUCUUCCGACACCUAGACAACUUCAGCAGCACCUGGAAAGACCGCUUCACUCUAACCGAGAUAGCUCAGGAGGCCUUCUCGGCGUGCGUCGACGCUCCCCGGCUCUCAGCCGAGCUUGAGCGGGGUGGCCUCGCACACAGCGCUCUCGCCUCCCGAAGUUCGGUCCGCCUUAGCCUCCCGGCGAUCCGGCUCCGGUACCGCCUCAGCUGGCCGAUCCAGAUUGUGGUCUCAGACGAAGGAAUCCGCGGCUACCACACGAUAUUCACCUUCCUCCUCCAAACCCGCCGCGCCAUUUCCAUAUUGCAGCGGCCUCUCCCCAACUCUUACAGCCGCAACAACAUCAACACCGAUGGCAACUCAGCCGCCCUCACUUACUACCUCCUCCGCACAAAGCUCCUCUGGUUCUGCACCACCCUCAUGACCUACCUGACCACCCUGGUCCUGGCGCCGAGCACGGCCCGGCUGAGAAGCGAGCUGCGCGACGCCGUCGACCUAGACAGCAUGGCAGCCGCGCACGCAGCCUUUAUCAGCCGAAUCCUCAGCGAGUCCUGCCAGGGGACCAAGCUGCAACCGAUUCGCGAGUGCGUGCUCGACGUUUUCGACCAGGUUAUUCGGCUAGAGGAUGCCCGCAAGGCAGAGGCGGUGAGGAGGGAGCAAGAGGCGCGCGAGAUUGAGAGACUAUCCAUGUCGGCCGUCAUGGAGUCGUCGCCUCUCAAGGCAAAAGUGGCCUUGUCACCGGUCAAGGGCAAGAGGAGGAGUAUGGGAAGAGGUAGAGGGAAGAUUGCGAAGGAGGAAGACGAGGAGCAGGACGGUGAGGAGGAAGAGGAGGAGGAGGAUGAUGAUGGGUGGUGGUUUGGGGAAAAGAGUGUUGCGAGAGAGGAUGAGGGGAAGCCGUACCCUGUUCGGCUGAGGGAAAUGCUUGGGGAUUAUGAGAGGCAUUUGCGGUUCGUUGCGAGCGGGCUGAGGGCUGUGGCUCGGGCGAGCAGGGACGAGGCGGCGGCGAAGUGGGAUUUGUUGGCCGAGAUGCUGGAGGUUGGCAUUCGUGAGUAGCUUAUACCAUUGGAAGAAAAGAACCACCGUCUGAUACUGACAGA